AUGGAUUUGCGCCUGAGAUAUGUUGCAUCGCACCCACUGGGUGGCAAGCUGGGAAUGCCGACUGAUUUCGCAUUGUCGUCGCGGUCUGCCCGCCUUGUUACGGCGUGCGGUAACCUGCUUGUGGAUCAUGACACAUCUACAAAUGCAUUUCGAGCUUCUACUCGUACUUCCUCUCAUAUCGACAAAGUUCUUUACGUGGGCGGUGGUCGUUCCUUUUUAGUUUUCAUGGACAACGGGCGGGUCGCAUCAUACGUAGAACGGCUCGCAUCUCUACAGCUUGCUGAAGAGAAGGAAAUCACUGGGAUCGAGCGAUCUGUUCGACUGGUCCAAGGUUCAUACUUUGGAAAGUUUGCCCUCUUUUGCAAGGUUGACAGUCCCAGUCUAUGGUGUUUACCGAUUAAUGAGAACGGUACAAUGCUUGAAGCAUUUAAGCUGCGCAGUGAUAUUGAGGGGGACCAGGAAAACGUUAACUUUGUGGGCGGCGUUGUCGCCAAAGUGCGGGGAAAAGUUGCGUCAAAGCCGAAGUCCCGUAUAUGUCCAAUCGUUGCAAUUGCCAUGCACCCCAGUCAUCCGUUCGCGGCGGCUGCCUACAAUAACGGCAUUAUACGUGUCUGGGACGUUGCGAAAAAGGAACAAAGAAGCCAUUUUGAUGCGCAGUUACUCAUGUCAGAAAAAAUCGGAAGCAUUGCUUGGCAUCCUGUUCUCCCGGUCGUUGUGUUAUGCACAAGCCAAGGACGCAUCAUGACGUUUUACAUGAAAGCUGCCCUGUACAAAAGAGGAGAUGAACCAGUGCUUGCCACUUCCAAAACAAGAGAUCGAAAGCGUCGUUUCCAGGCCAUGUGUUUUGUGCACGGAAACCCGGCUUAUUUGAUGCUCUUGACAGCAUCCAGGCGGAUUAUCGUGCGGAUGAUAGGCAAUCAAAGCCUGAUUGUGAAUAGUUCUCGCUAUGCGAAACCGUCUAGGAUUUUACCCCUAGACCAUGAUUCAAAUAUGGAAAGUGACCAUCCAGGUGUACGGAAGGACGCUGGUCAAGAUUUCGCUGUUUUGAAAUGUGAGCCAGCUUUUGGCCUCAUUGCGGCGUCAUUUAGUAAUGAUGAGAAGGUCUUGGUAUUCCAGCCACGAACAAAUAGCAUCGGGAGUAUCCGACCGCCUUUGUCUUCAGGGUUGGAUACAGGAUUCUCUACAAUGCCACAUGUUGCAUUCACGGGCCCGGUGACAAUUCCUUCAGAUUCUCUUGUAGUUCACCGCGGUUCUUUGUUCAGAUAUGAGCUCAAAGAUGAGUGUGUUUCUAAAAUCUGUGACCUACCGCCCGGCGAUUUCUAUCGUAUCGAGAUUGCGAGGGACCAGUACGGCUAUUGUUGUGCGGCUCUUGUGUUUUAUUUUGCUGAUGAAGCAUCUUAUCCGACGCAACUUUACGAAGAGAGUGAGGAUUCUGCCAAGUACGUGUUGUGCACAAGACGUGGGGACGCCGAAUUAUGGAAUGUCUCAGAGGCGAAUGAAGGUCGUGCAGGAUGCUUUUUGAAUGAGAUGGGACGAGAGGAUCGCAUCAUCAUUCUCGCCAACUCAGGAAGCAUGGUGUCCUUGUCCUCCUUUGCGCCCUCGUCGAGCACACUAGGGGAGCCUCCAAUGCGUCCAGGUCGUGGAGUGCAGCGCUUUAAACUUGAUGGUAGAACUGCGACUCAAGUUUUUCGUGCGCCGUUUGCGUCAUGGACUGCUGUCUUGUACUACAGCCCAGAAUCACAGCAUGUUUGCCUUUCGAAGAACGCGUCGAGUCGAAAGCGCUUAUCUCACUCCGGCGAAAGUCAGGACUCGACCUCUAUUACAAUGACAGAAGUGGAUCUUUGUUUAGAGGACCGAACUGCCCUACGACUGCACGAGACAGAAACUGUCGUUGAUGUUCGAUGGCAAAAGUUGCCCUCUAAAAGAAAGCAUGAAACUUAUCUCGGUGCCAUUAUGACGGAACAGAGGAUUUAUUUCGUUCAAGACAUGCUUCUUGCAUUGUCUGUUUUCGAAUUUCAGAGGAACAUUCCCAUGGAUGCACCGCUUUCUCUUCCCUCGUUUUCAUGGGUUGGGCCUGUUGUCAUGGUUAUAUCAGGGAACUCUUUAGUUGCGGUAUCUCUAAAUGGACGUGCGGAUACAAUCGCGGGAAUAAGCUAUGGUCGGAAUGUUUCUGCACUAGUUGCUGCACUACCUGAUAGAAUUGUUUACGCUCGGCCUUGCCCAGAACGGGCGACUACAGCACUCUCAAUUUCCUCCCGUCAGUAUGGCGCACUGUCAGGUCUGUUAAGGGGAAUGUUAACUCUUCCAGAUGAGCCCAUUCGGGCCGAUGUGCGCACCACGGACCAAGUUUAUCGCAUUCUUGAGCUCCAAGAUGUUUCCCAAGGUUCUGUAGAGCUCACGAAAACUUUGAUUGCCCACUCUAUGUCCCCAGUAGCAUAUUUACUUGCUACUUCGCAGAAAGGUCGAUUGAGUAUGCCACCGAUUCGUCGCGCAAUGUUCAUGGGUAGAAUGGGAGAUACCAGAGAGGCGCUUACAAUUAUUGAGGAGCAGUGUUCACGUCUUAGUCACGCGAAUGCCCUUCACGCGGGUUCAGAGCUUUUCAGGGUUCUGCAAAGAAUUCUCAACGUCGCAUUUGCUACUGGAGAGUUUUCUAUCGGGCGGCGAUGCUCUACACUGCUCGGUCGCAGCGGCACAUUUUCGGCUUUCGUAGAUGUGGAAGGAGGAAACGCUGCUGUGAAAUCCAUUGCUGACCAUGUGCAUUCGAAUGGAAAUACUGCUCUAGCACAGUUCCUUCAAACUUUGAUUGAGAAGAGUUCACAGAGCAGUACUGCAAUGGAUUCAUCCAUUAUUCCAUCAUUGACAGAACUCCAGAAAAUGAGAAGGGCAAGGCAAACAAUCGAUUUCUCAUCAAUUUCAUUAGGCAAUACAAGUACAACUGAAAUAUUCGUUGCCUCGCCACCGACGCAAGAAGAACACGGGAGCGUAAGUCCAGCUUCUUGCUCUGCAUUACCUCAACUGGUUCCUUCUGAUAUGAGCGAGAGACUUGAAAUGUCUCGAAGAGUCAUUGAAUUGGAGGCUUCAGAUUACGUCACGGCGUAUGCGGAUCUCUCCGAUGACACCGAAGUCAGAAGACAAGGUACAGGAACCUCUGCUCCAAGCCUUACUCAAAAUCGGACUGUCGAGGGAGGCCUUGACGACUCGUCUGAUGAGGAGGCAAUUUUCCAGAUUCGCAGCAAAGAACCACCACCGCAUUCUGCUGACGCAAAUAUCAGUCCAGAGACCCCCAUAGAAAACGCAACUACAGGUAUCGUUGAGCGAAAUGCAGAAGAAACUCGAAGGAGCAUCCGAGCACUGAAAGACGCAACGGCAGGCCCAGUACAGGAAGCCCGUCAGGCUACUCAUGAGCUGAUGCGGUCUCAGAGACUAGCUGCAGUCGACGGUCAAACAGUUCCAACGCUUCGUGCAAAUGAAAUGAUAGAGAGAGGUACUCUGCGACUCGACGAUGGACGAUACAGCUCCGCUCAAAAGCACUUUGAGUCAGCUCUACGAGCAAUUUCUAGAGGGAAGGAGCGAGGACAGCAUACGUCACCUGAUCUCAUAAGCCAGCUAGUGCACUACAGGCUAUUUGCACAGGUGAGAGCAGCAAUGGAAGACAUUCGAAGCAGUACACAUUCAACCACUGCUGCCGGUAAGCAGACCUACACUCAGCUGGCUACCGCGCUUACCGCCUUACCACUGCAACAAAAGCAUCGAAUAGAAGCACUCGUGAUAGCAGCUGACGCGAAUAUGAUGAUGAACAAUUUCGGGACCGCGGCGCACGCAUUGCAAGCGAUCAAGGAGAUUGGGGUUCCAGAGACCAUAAGGCCAGUUCUUCGGGACAAGUACGCCAUGUGCGCUGCGAGAGGUUUUGCCAACGCCCAGGAGGAGGCUGUUCCGAAGCUAUGCUAUCGCACGUUGCGAACUUUCAAGCCUGGCCUUGUACAAUUGUCUUGCAAUGUCUGUCCUGCAAAAUUUCUACCCGACGCAAGCCUUUCUUCAAACGACACAUGUCCAAUUUGCCGUUGCGGUACUAUCAGAGGGGCAUGA